UUGCGGUGAGGCGAGGUUGGCACACGGAGAUGGUGAUGUCACCAGGGUAUCAUAUAGUGGUGCUGGCUGCUACAGUGAUGAGCUCUGCGCCCGUAGUCAGCCAGAUUAUGGAUGGACCCGUGGUGCAGGUGGCCGUGGAUGUGGGCGUGAUGGUGGGUCAGAUUGUGGAGUACCAUCUCACCGGUUGUCACCUGGUGCUCUUCACCACUACACCACGCUCAUAUGUAUCCACCAAUAUAAUUAGACACGUGCAUAUGAAUGUGGAGACUGGCCUAGUAGUGGAAGAAGCGUGGGUGUUCUCCCAGGACCAGCUGGCCCAGGACUUCUUCCUCCGGGGACUGUGGGGAGACAUCACAACCACCUGUCGGGCACUGAUCCUUGAUCUCACCACCAGCAACAGUACUGACCUUGUUCUCAGGUGGGCAGAGGCAGCAGGACUGUGGAGGAUGCCUGAAACGCGCGUGGUGGCGGUUGGUCGGAGGGCGAGAGUGAAAGACUUCCUCCUCCACCACACUUUCCGCAACACUCUCCACGUCAUCUACCUAGCUUUCCAAGACCUCAUCCCCCAUGUCUCACCACACCACGGUAACUCACGCCUCAUGAAGAUCACUGGAUUGGAAGCAUCAGUGAGUGAGCGUGUGUGGGUGUACCUGCGGUGUAUGUACUGCAACAACGGGGAGGCGGACGUCCAACCUAUCCAUCAGUAUAAUAUUACCUCAGUUCCUCAACCUACUGACAACCUUUUCACAGAACAAGUGAAGACCUUGAUGGGUCGAGAAAUGACGGUUGUGGCAGUUCCUUACUUCCCAUACGUGGACUAUACACCUCUCUCCGAUGAGCCAGGUGGCCUAGUUCAGCUCAAGGAUUCCAUAGACACCCGGAUACUGGAAGCCUUCGCAACUGCACUUAAUUUCACUUAUGAGAUUCGCGAAGAGCCUGAAAAAAUAUGGGGUAUGAAUGAAAACGGCACAUUCACCGGGAUGGUUGGUCAGCUUCAACGUGAGGAGACCGACUUCACCACCAUAACGGGUAUAUCCGCAGAACGCUUAGUGAUUAUUGAGUUCCUUAGAACUUAUCCCUCUGAUCUGAUGACAGUGACUUCUCUGAAGCCUUCACUCCUGCCCCAACUCCUAUCGUUAAUCCGACCAUUUGAAGGAGAUCUCUGGGUGGCACUGUUGCUGAGCGUGGUGGCGUGGGGAGUCUGUAUGUGGGUACUACAGAGGGCAUGGCAGUGGGUGACAGGAGGUCUGGGUAUUAAGUUCAGCACCUCCAUUUUAUACGGCUGGGGCGCCCUCCUGGAGCAGCCGCCAUCCGUCCCCUCAGCUAGUGACUCAGGAAGAAUGUUGGUGGGUUGGUGGCUGGUGUUCUGCCUGGUCAUCACCACGGGCUUCCGUUCAUCACUGAUCGCCCACAUGACAGUCCAGGGUAAGACGCUGCCUAUAAAGACUUUCGAGGACCUGGUGAGUCAAGACAACUGGAAGUGGGCCACUGAGCCUUGGCUACUUAAGGGCAUUCCUCUUGAUUUCUUUUCCAAGAACACCAACCCGGUGGUACAGAAGCUGUACAAGCAUAUGGAGGUGUUAGGAGCGGAUGAGGCACUUCACAAGGUGCUGAAGGGCGGCUUCAGUCUGGUCGACUUUGAGAACUAUAUUAACAUCAUUGUUGCCUCUCGCUACGCUGAUCAACAUGGCAACAACCCAUUCUACGUCAGUAAGAGAGGUGUCUCCAUUUUAGCUACCUUUGGUUGGAGUCUUCGGAAGGGCGCACCAUUCUACACGCGUUUUCAACAGCUGAGGUCUCGGUUGGAAGACGCAGGUCUUAUAAGCUACUGGACUAAAGAAGUUAUGGCUAGACGCGUGAAAGAGAACAGAGAAGCGAACCCACCGAAUUCUGAGGCAGCCCAGGCAUUCACGUCACAGGAUGACACGAGAGAGAAGCCACUUGGGAUGCAACAUAUGCAGGGCGCCUUCUAUUUGUUAUUUCUGGGGUUUUUUUUGGCCUUCCUUGCCCUGCUGGGGGAGAAGCUUACUCACUCCCGCUCCUUGGCUUUGUAACGCUCCUAUUACACCAUCACCUCUGUUGAGGAGCAAUGUUUCAGGGGAAAUGGAGAUGGAUUAAAGAGAAAAGUUAUACCUAUGUACAGAAUCUUUGUAGGUACUCCGUUAAUGCUCUUUCUUUCUCUCUCUCUCUCUCUCUCUCUCUCCCUCUACGAAAAGAAGGUUUUCGUAACAUUAACAAAUCUGCAAACAAGGAUGAAAGAACAAACUGAUAAGCAUCUUUAUACUUAUAAAAAAAAUAAAGUGCACUAGAGAUCAUACAAGUGUUUUUGUCAAAUUUAUUCACUGUGGUUGACUUGCACUGAUGGGGGUUAUAUAAUUAUAGGUAAACACCAUAACAGGGCGUUCCACAGAAUGAUAGUCCAGGGUAUAAAUUAAUUUUAGUAAGCACAAGUUCUGUCGAAUAGAAUUUAAAUAAAAAGUCAUGGGCCCUCCCAGAUGCCUUCGUGGGCGGACUGAGGAUGCAUUAUGGUAGUAGCACUAUUGAGUGUAGUUCCUCAGAACAUCAUCUGUUGAUGUAUCUAUAAAACAGGGAAAGCGAUGAUAUAUCCCUGUGAAUGUGCAAUGUUGGAAAAAUCACUGGAAGUUCUCCUUUUAGCAGGUGUACUAGCAGUGUAUAUAUCCUAUCCAUCUCCCUUCUAUUGUUCCUUCGUAAGCAAUAUGAUAAAUUAUUUGUUUUAUUACUUAAUGUACAGAAUACAAAACAAUUCAUCAUUUUGUAUAAAUUAAACGGGUGAUUCCGUAAUUAACUUUCAACCAAAAACCAGUCAACUUGUCAUAAAAGUUUAUUUUAAGGGAAGACGUUUGCUACAAAAGGAAACACUGUCACACAUAGGAAGGAAGUGUUUGACAGAAACAAAUAAGAUUACAUAUAGCGUCGACCCACCCACAAGAAACCAGUUGUUCAGGCUUACAAAGACUGAGAGAGAGCUUAUGUACACAGGGUGACCUUACAAAACAUGAGGUCAGGUAAAAAAAUAUGACAUCCCCUAAUCCACACACCAACC